AUGACGGCGUCGCUAUCGUCGGCCGGCAUCGUCUCGUGCGUUCGCGUCGCGCCCUCGCGGUCGCGACCCUCGCGGUCUUCGCGUCCAGGCGUCGACUUCGAGAGGCGACGCGUGGGAUGGAGGAACGCGCGCGAGGUGCGAGGGAAGAACGCGGGCGAGACGCGCGCGGCGGAGAUGAUGGGCGUGCCGCUGUACCCGGAUGACCUGCUCGAGGCUUGCGCCCCGUGGGGUAACGUGUGCGUCGUCGCCGGCACGCACUACAUCCCGAUCGCGCUCCCGUCCAUCCUCGGCACGCUCUUCCUCCUCCUCCCUCUCGUCGCCGUCGCCGCGAAGCUGCGGGCCAGCGACCAGGAGGUGACCCGCGCGCAGUUGAGGAUCGAGCAGUUGGAGACGGAGCUCCGCGUGCUGAAGGAAAGGCUGUAA